CCACCCUUUUCCCCACAAUAAUAAAGGCAAAUCACCAUUUGGAAAUGAUUCAUACUGUAACCUAAUCAUUGCAUCAAUACGAUAUAUAAAUGCAGUCUAAGAAAUGUAAACUGGGGUGAAGGAUAAAGAUAAGCAUCAUCUUCAAAGAUAUAAUGAAGUUCGUUUUGGUGGGAAACCGAAUGGGAAAACUUCGGUUGUGCCGAUUCUUUGGCAGUGACAGCCUGAAGUCACGGUCUAUAAAAGAACAAGACGUGAUAAGGUUGUGCUUGAAAGAUCAGAAACAGGAGGGGUUUGUCGAAUACCAAGAUACUAUGCUGAUUUAUAGACUCUACACAAAUCUUAUCUUUAUUGCUGGCACAUCAUUGACUGAGAAUGAACUAGCGGUGAUGGAAGUCCUACAGAAUUUUGUUGAAACAGUCAUCAAGUAUUUCGAACAAGUUUCAGAGGAGGAUUUUGUAUAUAAUAUGGACAAGAUCCACAUGAUCCUUGAUGAAAUGGUGGUUUCUGGAGAAAUAGCAGAGACCAAUAAAUCAAGAGCACUGCUCCCUCUCCAGCUUAUGGAUGCCACCAGGAGAUAGUGUUCACCAAGAUCCAUUUGUGUAAGAUCUUAAUUCCCAUGUCAGAUCUCUGCCUAAACCAAUAGAAAUAAGCUGUUUCUGGAGGAGUGUGACCUCACACAGCUAUAGCUGCUAAAACCAUCUAAAAGAAGCAUGGUAUCACAGAUUCAUAGAGUUGAAGCCAUUCCAGGAGAGUUAUGACCUCAGAGAUGUAAAACUAUUGAAGAAGAGUCUAGGUUUAACAAAGAAUAGCUAUUUCAGGAGAGAUGUGACCUCACACACAUUUUACAUGAAGCAUUCCUGUACUAAGGGUAUUGAAUUUGAAGAAAAAAAGUGUGAGACUUGACACAAGGUGCAAAGAGCGUGACCAAAUAAGGAAAAUUGAUGUUAAUCUUUAAAAGCUUUGAAAGACUGCUCCUUCAUAUAGGUUACCAGAGUUUGACUUGGUAUUAAGUAUCCCUGGGCAAGGGGAAUUGGGUUUUAUUUAGAUCAUUGAAGUCUGCAGAAGACAGAUGAUUACCAACUAAGAGCCCAAUAGAGGAAAAGAAUAUUAUUUCCAAAAACACUACUUUUGAAUGAAAUGAAUUCUAUUUUGAAUAAAUAAAGAUGGUGAUUAUCACCCGUCUGCCUCUGAGGUACAAGGAUUGGGCCAAAUAGAGGAAAUAAGGAUUUAUCAUCAAGAGACAAUUGAAAAAUAUGACGAAAUAUUUUGAUUUUAUUUGCUAUGACAUAUCCCAUGUCCAAAAUAAAUCAAUGUUAUGUUGGGCCCAUCCUCCCAUCCGGGGCAUAAGUUUUUAAAGUUUUUUAAUGAACACUUCUGAAGAAUAGGUUGACAUGUUUUAACUUUUCCAUAUAGAAUUACAGGAAAAUGCACAAUCAUAUUGCUGAAUUAUUUGAUACAUGUACUAGCACAUUUUCAGCUUUUAGAUUUAAUUUGUUCGUUAGGAAUACAUAUCAGGACCCAGUUGUUCAAAAGGUGAUUACCUUAAUCAGUGUUAAGUGCAAAUUUUAUUUUUUUGUGUUUUUUAGCCGAGUAUUUUUAAAACUCAGCCACAAUAUGAGUUCAAAAGUUCCAGAUAGAAAAUAUUUAGUAGAGUAAAAUUAGAUGCAAAAUUACAGGUUUUUACCUUGUAUAAUGACAAAAAUAUUAGAGGUUGAAAAUGUCGUUAAACAGUGAAUAAGUAUAAUGACCUGUUCUCUUGUUGUUUGUGUAUUGUGUAGAUACCUGUAUGUAUACCGUGAUGAUGACCGUGAAACUGGAGAAAAAUCUAACUAUAUCACUUAUAUUUCCCAGUCACUUAACUUUGCUCAUUCACGUUUCACUCAUGUGUACUCUAUAACUAAUUGUAAGCAUAAUGAAUGAGUUUGUGAUUGAUACUUUGACAGAAUUAUGGUAUUAUUGAAUUUCGUCUUGAAAUUAAAAGUCUGACUAUGCCGUU